AUGCCUGGCCAGUCCGUCGGAGAACUUGUCCGGCAGUACUCUCUGCCUUGCCCUGGCUCUGUCUGCAGCCGCCUCGGCAGGCUGCAAAAGCAGCAGCUCUCGAAUUCUGCAAAAACCGGCCCAUCUAGCUCCAGCCCGACCCCCCGAUCGCUGACGUUAUCCUUCGCCGAGCCUGUGAGUGUGGCUAUCUCGGCCUGCUGGAAAAUUUGCUCAAUCACUUUUUCUUACACGCACAAACCACAGCCAUUAGAUUACGCGCCAGGGGAUUUGCUAAUCUUGCCUCUUUUGGCCGUUCCUCCAGAUUCUCCUCAUCUUCCCUCCUCUAGACAACCAACAUUCCGCUCCAGUUCUCAGCCAGACUCAGCUUCUUUGAACCAGUGCACGCUCCGACCCCGCCUUACGCCAACCCGACAACAUCCACCCUUUCCUUCUUCCACUUCCAGGCAGAAAGACUCGUAG